AUGGCGGACACUGCCUUAAAGCAUCGAGCUGAGUUUGCCUUUGCUCAGCUUGAGAACGAGAGAUCUCUGACAUCUCUUCGUGACGAGCUAAGGGUAGCUCGUGGGAUUGUUGAUCGGUCUCGGGAUGAGAUAGCUGCUCUUCAGACCCUUGUUCAUGCCCACCAUCGGGAGCACAAGGCUCUCUGCGAGAUGCUUGAGCGCAAGGGCGUUCUUCAUCGGAAGAAGCAGCGUACGGAUGGUACGGCUUAA